UGUCAUUUUGCUGUCAAUUUACCGUAUGAUUUGUUAUGGAUAAAUUUUAUUAGAUAUUGUUUUUGUAAAAUGAAUUUUUAAUUUAAUCCUUCAAUUUAUAAAAUUAAUUAUGUUGGAAACCGACGAAGUAGAUGAAGAUUACUUCACCCCAGCGCCUAAUACAUCAUUAGCGAAUAUUUUCGGGAAUUCUCAUAAGGAACAGAAAAUAGAAAAUGAGACUUUGAAGUACAUACCCCCUAAGCCACAUAAUCUUGCUGUAAAGCCAGAAGAAACAAAAUCUACAGAAUGUGUCUUUGCUUGUGCUCUUCUUGGUUAUGAAUGGUUUAAUAAUGUUUACUCUCCUAGAGGAAAAAUUGGCCUUGCUAUUUUAAAAGUCAUAAAAUCUGAACAACAUAAUAUUAUAUUAUAUGAUUCAAAUAAAACAACUUUAUCUUGUGUUACUGUUUCACCAACAUUGGAAGUUAUGGUGAAGGACAACCUAUACCUUUCAUAUUAUGACAAUCAACAUAAAUAUUGGACUAUUUAUGGUAAAGAAGAUGAAAUUAAGAAAAUAAUUGAUAUACUAAAAAAUUUUAAUACCAUUAUAAAAUACUCUUCUGAUACUGAAAAAGGGCCACCUGAACCUGAUAAAAUUAAAAAUAUUAUGGAUACUCCAUCAAAAGUGUCUAAUCAGACAGAAAAAGAAAGUGACACAGAUUCUUCAGUGAAUAGAAAGACAAAAUUGUCAAUUUUAAAUAGAAUGGCAACUGUAGGACAGUCAAUAUUGCCACCAAGUACACUAACUGCACUAAAAACUAGUGACUCAUCAGACACCAAUGAUGCUUAUAAUCAUCCCAAGACGACAAGACAUAAACUAUCCAAAAAUAUUGUUCGCAGAAACAAUUCAGAAAAAAAUUUAAUUGAAAGUAAUUCUUUUUUGGAAGCUCAUAGAAUACCAUUAUCAAAGACGGAUCAAUCUAUAGAAAAAAACCCUCUUUAUACCCAUGUAUGUGGACAAUUAGUUCCUGUUACACAAACUAGUAUAAUUACCAGCCCUACUAAUAAUUCAAAUGAUAUGAAUUUGUUUAUAUCUGAACAAAGAAUAAGUAAUAGUGAACUCAGAAUCAAUUUGAACAGAGUGACUGAUAAAGUAGAUCAAGUAUUCAGAAAAAUAACUGAUUUAGAACACAAAGAUGUUAAUUCAGCUAACACAAGCUUUCAGAAUGAAAUACUACAGAAAUUGUUAACUGAAUAUGAGAAUAAAAUAAAAGUAUAUGAGGAAUUAAUAAAAUCUAAAGGAAUUGAAAAUUCAAACACAUUAGUCAAACAUGAAAAUACUGCAUCAGAUAACUUAAAACAACAAUAUGAAGAUGAAAUUAAUUUAUUAAAAAGUAAACUAGCAAAUCUUGAAGAAAUAAACUUGGUAAAAACCAAUAAAAUUUCACAGUUAGAAUUUGAUAUAAAAGAGUUAGAAGAAAAGAUUGAAAGAGAAAGAUUAAGUAAAAAUGAAAUUUUGCAGGAAAUGGAAGAUUUAAGGAAAGAAGUACUAUGUAAAAAUCAAGAAUUAACUGAUAUUAAUAAAAAACAGGAAGUAUUAAAUACACAAACAUUUGAUAAGACAAGUAAUGAUGUUAAAGAUAAAUUAAAAAAUAUUAUGAAUGACACUUUCCAUUCUAUUUCUAUACAUUUUGAAAAUAAUGAUAAUUAUACAGGCGAAAGCAUUAAAAAUAUAAUAGGUGCAGUUAUCAAAAAGGAAACAUUAAAGUCUUUGAAUGAAUUAUAAUUUAAACUUUUUAAUACUUUAUUGUGUUAAUAAUACAUAAGCAUAAAGUAGUAUUUAAUGUCUCCAAUAAAUGUAUAUCUAUCUUCUCGUA